AUGGAGAUCCAUGUCAGGCCGCUUCAUGGAGGGGCGAGGAUCAAAUCUGUAUUUGUCGGACCAAGUUCACCCAAUCACAGCCACUUGGGGCUCCACACAAGGUGCCACAUCCGUGGGAACCAUGAAAGUCUUUGUCUUCGAAAGAAACGCCCCUCUUCUCAGGAGGCGUUUCAAGGCCGACCACGUGCCAUCAUCUCCUUGAACCUCUUCAACGGCUUCCGCUUGCUCUGUGACAAGAGCCCAGUCCCAGAAGACCUCCGGGUGCAUGUGGAAACCUUGGCCUUCAAGCAUUUGGGCUGCGAAAUCAAUCAGCAGCGCGUGGACGGGGUCACGGAGGCCUUUUUGGAGCUGGUCACGCAGAACGUGCCAGACCUUCCUCCUGGCAGCGUGAACGUCUGGCAAAAGGUUCUGACCUAUACGGGAUCCUGUUGCAGGCGGGGCCACCGCGUUCUUUCCGCGAACCUCGGGGGGGCUGGAGGACCUCCGAAGACCUCAAAAAGGCGCGGCGCUUUUCGGACCUAA